UCUGAUUAGCUAAUCCUGAAGCGCUCUCGAUUGUCUUGUCUUGACAUUCCCUCUCGAAGACAGAUUCGACUAUAUUGUGUUUGUCCAGCCGGUCUCAGAUCCCACAAUUCAUGCAUUCAGAGCCGCUGCCCGAGUCUGGGCAGGUCGACGCGCCAGUAUUCAACGACGGAAAGACCAUGACGCAGGCCGCCUCGGAUUUACUAUUACUCGUAUUCAUUCACGGCUUCAAGGGAGACGAUGAGACAUUUCUGCAAUUUCCUCAGCGGAUGCAACACGUCCUCUCCGAUACCAUUCCAGGUUGUACCGUGGAAUGCAUAGUAUUUCCUGUAUACGAGACGAAAGGGGAACCAAACGAAGCUGUCGUACGGUUCGCUGAUUGGUUAACAACACUGACGGUGGAGAGGGAAGUUGCCUCAGGAGGAGGAGCCGGGAAAGCGAAGAUCGUGUUGUGUGGGCACAGCAUGGGUGGUAUCCUUGCUGCCGAUACUCUACGCGAAUUUGUCAGGACCAGGCCCGACCAAAGGGCACCUCUCUGGCCAAAAAUCAUUGCCUGUAUCACCUAUGACACUCCAUUCCUCGGUCUACAUCCCUACGUGUUCAAAAACAGCGCGACAAAAGCAACAGAGUACGUCAGUACUGCCCGAACGGUGGGCUCAGCCUUGCUUGGUUCCUUCGCAGGGUUCGGAGCCAAGAAGGCCGCCGAUUCAAAGCCAGCUGCUGAGAACACGCCACCCCCUUCUGAAUCAAAAACCUCUUGGAGUAAAUGGGUACCAGCUGCAUAUGCCAUGGGUGGUGCAAUCUUGGCUGGAGCGGCAGCAGGCGGAGCCUAUUACAAGCGCGAUGAUCUAGGUGUAGGAUAUACAUGGGCCACGGAUCACAUGAAAUACGUGAGGAAUCUAUGGGACGAACCGGCCCUCCGCCAACGAGUGGACGACCUAGUCGAUAUUGAGGAACAAGAGGGUGUCGUUUUCCGUGUUUUCUAUACCUAUCUGCCACCGGUUCCACAGGUUCAUCCCAAUGCCCGAACAUUUAUCGUGCUGCCGAAGAAAAACACGCGUUCUGCGGGUAAUUUCUUGCCGGCGAAUAACGGUGUGGCUCCGGACGAGCUACAAGCGCAUACGGGAAUGUUCAGCCCAAAGACCAAUGACGGUUACUAUGAACUCGGGCUCGAGACUGCGAAAAUUGUCCGAGAAGCAGUUAUGUUGGGUAGGGGGAUAUUUGAGGAUCCAGAAACACAAAAAGAGAGUAUUCAGGAGCGGCUGGAUUUGGAGGAUGCUGAAGAGACGCGGUCAUGACUUGCGGCGGGA